AUGUAUAUUACUUUUUUAACUCUAUUAACUUUGUUUUAUGAAAUUACAUGUGAUGAAGCUCCAAAAGUUCCAAAUUGUAUUACAUAAGAUAAAGGAAAUUGCUAAAGAUGUGAAAAGGAAUAUUUUUUGUUUUAAUUGCCAGAAGAUCAUAUUGAUUUAAAUCUUAAGGCAGGAGCAAAUUUUUGCGUAGAAUGUCCGUAUAAAAAAUUCAAUGAAGACAACAAUUAUUAUUGUGGAGAUUGUUUGGACAAUAGUCAAACAUGGGAUAAAUCUCGAAUUUGCAGUUAUGACUAUAAAACGAAAUCAACAAGCGUUAAUUCUGCAUUUCACAAAAUUGAAAGACCUCUUAAACAAUUAUUUUAUGUAAUAAAGAGUGGAUCUUAAAAUUUUAUUACAGAGGCUUGUGAUGGAUGUGAUCACUUUUGUAAAUCUCAAAAUUCAACAUGCUUUCCAGUUUAGAAAAAGUAUUCAUAUGAUUUGAAUAAAUUGUACAUCAGUUGUGCAGAGGAGUACUAAUAUAGUGAUGCAAUUGGAGGAUGCGAUUCUUGUCCAGAUAAUUGUAAGUCUUGUUUGAUAGUUACAAAUAUCAAAACUGAUUCAGGAAAGACAGUUAUAGAAACUAAAAAAGAAUGUUUGAUUUGUAAUAAAGGAUUCAGUAUGCUAACCACUCGAAAUGCGAUUGAUUAAAAAGAAACCACUAGUACAUGUGUAGCAUGCUUUUCGGGUUGUGAAACCUGUUAUUUUGGUUUUAAUUAAAUGAAUCUUAAUACAAAACCUUGGGAUAGCUUUAAUAAUAAACCUGAGUUGUUAACGAAAAGAUUUGAAGCAAAUGAAAAUUUAUUUUUUGAAGACUUGUUUAAGUUGACUAGGAUAGCAUAAAGAUGCGAGGACUGUACAAGUACUGCUUAGAGUACUUCUAUUCCAUCUUUGAAUAGAAAAACUUGUGUUAGAUGCGGCACAAAUUGCAAACGAUGUGAGUAUACGAAUAACUUGGAAUUCCCAACAAGAGAUAAAGAGAAAGUUGUUGAGCCUGAAAAUACAGAAGCAACAGCAUCAGAUAUUGAGGCACUUGAACUUCUAUAUUUGUUGAAGUGUCGAUAAUGUUAAAAAUAUAGCUAAAUAUUUUAACCUGAUGGAGUUGGAUGCGCUGAUUGUUCAAUUGCAAAUUGUAAAUUGUGCACUUAUUUUGAUCAAACCGAUAUGGCAACUAUCAGUAAUAAUAUGAAAUUCCCAGCAAAGAUGAGUGACUCUUAGAUGAAGUGUGCAUUAUGCGAAGACAAAUUUUACUUGUCUGAGGAUAAGACUUAAUGUACUUAAAUUGAUUCAUCGAAUAAUUCUAAUGUGGAUUGUUUGACCUAUCAAAAAGUUCCACCUGAUGGUAAAAAGUGUUUGUAAUGUAAUAUUGGAUACAUGCUUUAUUAUAAUUAAAAUACUUGGCAAUGCACCUUGGAUUUCUCAAGCAAAGAUAAUUAUUUAUGCUAGUCAUUUGUCAAAACUCAAAAAGAUGGAAAGGAACCAGUUAUUCGUUGUUAAAGAUGCAUUGAUGGCUACUAUGUUGAUAUGGAAGAAGGAAAUUGUAAACCAUGUUCUUAGAAUGGAAAGUGUAAGACUUGCUACACCAUUUCCUUGAAAUCUAUUCACUACCCUUAAUACUGGGAUUACGAAUUUGAUGAAGACGAUGAAAUCAUAGGUCCUAUUUGCGAAGAAUGUUUCCCACCAGACUUAAAUAGGGGACCUAUUAAAAAUGACGAUCUUGGAUAAUGCGAGAUGGGAGGAGAUAAUUGUAAAAUCUUUUCAGCAGUAGGAUUAAAGGGCUAUUGUGAUGAGUGUAAUUUUGAUGAUACUUAAAAAUCACGUAGUGCUUCUAGCGAUGGUUAUGAUUGCAUUAUGUGUCCAGAAGAUACUAUUGGUUGUAGAGAAAGAACUAAAGAAGAAAAGGAUCGAGAAAAUCCUUAUUAUGAUCCUAUUCUACCGAUUUACGAUAAGUAUUCAACUUAAUCAUUCAAAUGUGCCGAUAAGUUUUUUUUGGAUACUAUAACUGGCAGAUGCAUCAAACAAGAUACUGCUUGUCCAUAGUGUAUAAACGAUUCUGUUGAAAUCGUAAUUAAAGCUGAUUGUAAAUAAUUAUAAACUGUAAAUGUAUUGAAUAUUAACUCCAAAUUCAAUAAUAUUACAUCCAAGACUGCCGAGAUUGUUUUGGAAGAUUAUUAUUUAAUUGAUGGAAAUAAACUAGAUAUUAUUGAUUGGAAUACGAAUGCCAUUAGAAAAAUAACAAUUAUACUGGAAUUUUAAUAUAACAAGGAUAACUCUAAUUAUGAUUGCGAGUUCAAGAAAGACACUUAUUUUACUACCAAUUUUAGAAAAAAUAUCUUCUCUGCUAAAGAGGUAGAACUUAAAAUCAAAACCACUUCUCCAUACAAGAACGAAAGAUUGAAAUGGUACAUCCAAAAGUCAAUAUAUUUUGUAUAUUUUACAUCGGUCUCUUUAAAUGGAAUAGAUUUAUAUCAAGCAUCUGAUCUACCCAAGACCUCAAGCGAUCAAUACAGGCCUGAAGAACCUUUUGGACUUUAAUUCCUAAACAACACAGGAUCGAAGUUCUACCUAGAGAAUGUAAAAAUCGGAAAUACACUUGCUGAAGAUCAUUAUGUAUCCAAGGAUUACACUACACCUUAUAGUGAGAAGUCAAUUACUUUAAAGAAGUAAAAGCCUUUCUUUACCUCGCUCUUGAAUACGUAUGAAAUUAAUUUCAAAGAUGUUGUUAUUCAAUCUCAAAACUAUUUACUCAGUGAAGAGAUUACAUUCCAGGCAAAGCCAUUUGGCUUAGUUUACGAUUCUAACGUAAUAUUGCCAUACUUAAUAAUUAAUUUAAAAAACGUAACUUUUUCUGAUAUUGCUGUUGAAAGCCAAGCACUUUUCGAGAUAUAACCAGCUAAUUUUUCAAGUCAACCCUUAUGGAAUAACAAAAUUGUGCUAGAACAAGUUCAAUUUGUAAAAUGUUACUUCGUCAACAAUGGUGCUUUUCUUAGUACAAAUACCUUUAAUUAACCUAUGGGUAUCAUCAAUAUUCAUAACUUAACUCUGAGAAAUACUGAAUACAAUAAUUCAAGAGGAAUUGUUGAUUUCUCGACGAUGCAAUAGAUCAAAGUGAAUAAUUUUUAAAUGUAAGAUUCUAAAGUUAAUUCUACUGCAUUAUUCCAUAUAACAACUAUUGAAUUAAGUGCGGUAUAUUUGCAUAAUACUUUAUUUAAUAAUUCAGGUAGAUUGAUAUAAACUUAAUAUUAACUUAAAACCAUUAAGUUGAAUGAUCCAAAUUUUUCAGGUUUAAAGAUGCAAUUUACCAAUCUAGAAAUUGAUUAAGUAAUUUGUCUAACUCCUGCAUGUUUGAUUCUAAUCACUGAAAUUUAAAACGAUUAUGAUAUACCCAUAAAUAUUACAAUGAAAGGAUUGAUUAUUAAAUAGAUUAGCACUAAAGGGUUUGAUGAAACAAUCUUGGAAGCAGCAACAAGUGCAUCAAUAAGAGUUGAGAAGAGUAACACAUUAAUGGUCUCAGAUUUUAACAGUGUCCAAAAUGCAGACUUAACAAUCUUUUACGUAGAGCAAGUUUGGACUACUAAGUUCAUCAAUAUUAAUUGUAAUUAAAAAGAAGGACUAAAAAUUCGAAAUAAUUAUUGUCUAUUUAUUAACAAUCCUUAUAAAGAAGUAAAGUUAUUCAACAUAUAAUUAAUAAAUCUGAUUGGAAGAGACAAUUCUUUUGUAGGAAUAUCCUCUUGGAGUAAUCUAGUUUAUAAUACUUCGACGCCUGAUUAUUAAGAGACCAUCAUUAUCAAUGGGGCAGAAGUGACUUAAUGUACGAUUGUUACAACUGCUCUAGCAGUUCCUUCAUCUGCAAUAUUGAUAGAUUCCACUCAAAUGUAAGUUGUGCAGAUAAGUUUCAUGAAUUUCUUCAACAAUCAUCAUUUAAUGGAAAUAGAUGGAUCACUGAGACCAAGCAAUCCUACCUUCUUGAUGAGAAGUUUAGUUGGAACUUUGCUUUUGUCAAAUAGUACUUGGAAAUCAAACUCUGUUUAAGGUUUUGGAGCAGUCCUCUAUUUAGAAGUAGGAACCUAAAUCAUUUCAAAUAUUUAAAUGAAUAAUAGUAACUUUGAUUAAUUAUCACAAUCUUCAGUUCCUUCUAUUAAUGAAAUAACGGAAGGAGGACAUAUUUAUAUAUCUGCUUUCAAUCUUAACAUGAGUAAUUGCAUUUUCUCUAAUUCGACUUCUAAAUUGGGUGGUGCAAUGUUCUUAAGAACUUUGAAGGAAGGAACGGUUAUUUUAAAAAAUGUUUCAAUUAGAUAUGCCUAUACUCCCUUGAAUGGAGCAGUAUCAUCAAGUGGAGGCUGUUUAUAUAUUGAUUCAAUGGCAUCUUAAUUAGAUAUGAAGAUUUAGAGUUCAGAAUUUAGUCAUUGUUUUACAAGAGGAGAAGGUGGUGGAAUUUAUUUGAUGAGUUAUGAUAAACGUUAGUAAUUUAUGAUUGAAGAUUCGGAACUUAAUAAUUGCUAUGCUUUAAGUGGUCUGGCCGUUAAAACAGUAUUUUAUUCAAGAACCUAAACAGAGUAAAGAAUGAUACUUCAAUAAGUUAAGAUCUCGGGGAAUUAGACAUCUUCGUUGGCUUACUUUUAGUAAUUAGGGUCUCUCUAAUAAAUUGAAAUGUUUUUGUUUAUUAAGAGAAUUGCUGCUGUUGAAUAAGAUUAUGGUUCAAUUGAAAUCUAUAGGUGUGAAUCAGAAGGUCUAUAUUAUUAUGGAUUUAUUUCAAUCUGGCAAGCAAAUUUUAUAAUUUUGAAUAAUAUCUAAUCUUAACAUGGUGUACUAUCAUUCAGACCCUACAUUGAAAUAUUAGAACCAUAAAUAAAUCCAAUAUAGGCUGAUACUGUAUAAUUCAGAAAUAUAUCAUCAAUUUCAAUAGCUAAUUUAAAUUGUUCUAAUAUUACUAAUAAUGGAUUGUGUAUACUGCUUUAAAUCAGAUUAGAAUUCUCAGAAUUUAGAAUCAAUCCAGCUUUGAUGUUAUUUGAUUUGAUUCAGGAGACUACACCUUUAAAAUUAUAAAAUGUUGCUAUCAUCAAUGUAAUCUGCAAGGAAUGUCAUGGCGGUUUUGUACAAAUAAUGAGGGUCUCAAAUUCAAAACUAAUUCCUUUGGUUGAACUGAUCUCCUGUAGAUGUUCUAACUCAGAAUCAUCUUAUUACGGAUGCUUCUCGAUUUCUAGUGAAUAGUACUUCAGAUAAUAGGUUUAAAUGGACUCAUUGAUUAACGUAACUUUAAACUCAAAUUUGACAGCCUAUAAAAUUGCUGAAUAUGCUAAUUUCAAUUAGUCUUCAAAAAGAAUUUUGAAGGAAGAAACAAUUAAUCAAACUCAGAAUAAUUAUAGCUUUACCUAUGUUAUUCCUAAUCCACCAUAUUUAUCAAAUGUAAUUGUAAAAUUACUAAAUAUCUAUGAUGUCAAGGCUGUUCAUGGAGGUGGUAUUUCUUUUUAUGGGUUAACUGUUAAUGCAUCUGAGACUUAUUGUACUUUAGCAGUUGUUACUGGCAGAGGAGGAUGCUUCUAUUUUGAAUCCUAUCCAAAAAACGGAAGUCAAAUUAAACAACAAUUGAAUAUUGAGGACAGUUUCUAUUAUAAGAAUAAUGCUAGUAUUGGAGGUGCAAUUGCCAUGGUAGAGAGCGGAAUCAAUAAUUAUGAAUUGAUGAGUGUGUCUUUUCUAUAAUGUUAUGCCAAAUUAUUUGGCAAUGAUGUUGCUCAAUAUCCUACUUAAAUGGGAAUUAGAGUAAAUAAUUAGAUACAAAAAUAAGCUAAUCUAGAUUCUCGCACAAGCUGGAUAUUUUAUCCAAUUAUUAUAAGGAGUGGAUAAAAAAUGUCUGAAUUUGAAAAUUAAACUAUUGUAGUUGUAUUUCUUGAUAGAAAUAAUCACUUUAUGGGAUAUUAGUACAAUUAAUAUUGCAGUUUAUCAGCUCUUUACGAUAAAACCUAAGGAGAAAUACUCCAACCUUUGUCAGGAAAUACUAAUAGAAGUUUCAUUUAAAAUAGCACUUAGGGAUUUGACUAUUCCGACCAGAUUAUUAAUUAUGACCCUUAUAAUAAUAUUACUUUAGAUGCGGUUUUUAGUAGUAAUCAUGUGAAUAUUCCUAUAUAUCAUAAUUAAUACCCAUAUUAGUGCAUUGGUUUCGAUACUCAAUAUGCUUUACAAGUUAGAAUAAGAUCAGUUGAAUGUUAAAUAGGUGAAAAAUAUGAUAAUAUAAGUGGAACAUGUACUCCUUGCAAUGUUGGAACAUACUCUUUAAUUUAUAAGGAUCCAGUAUGCAAAGUAAUUGAUUAUUAUUCUAUGAAUUACACAUAUAUGAAUAGAAUUAAGGUUUAAGAAUAAUUCUGGAGACCAAAUUAUGAAACUGACAAUAUUGAAAAAUGUAUAAAUUAGGUUGAGAAUUGCAAAGGAGGAUUUUAUGUUGGAAAUGACAUGUGUCAAAUUGGACAGAUAGGAGCACUUUGUGAAGAGUGUGAUAUCUAUGCUAUUCAUUGGGAAGAAUCUUAUUACAAUUCUGCUAAGUUUGAAUGCAAAAGAUGCUCAGAAAGAACAAAUAACAAAUCUGUUAUAGUGAUUACCUGCAUCAUCAUAAUAUUAACCACUUUUCUUACGAUAUAUGGUCAUGAAGACAGAAUAAAAAACCAUUUUCGCUUAUAAAUUUUGAAUUCAUUCUCAAUCAACUAUUUUAGAGGCCACUCUAACAAAUCGGCUAUUUUAAUUAAAAUAUUUAUGAAUUUCUUCUAAUUGAUAUCUCUCAUAGAAGGAUAGAGAUAAGUAAUAUCUCAAAGUAGCAAAGAUAUAAUCAAUACAAUCGCUAUGCCAGCUUUUACUUUUGAUAAUGCUUUGGAUUGCUUGCUAGUUGAAGAAAUUGUACCAGAUAUUAUUUAUCUGAGAUUAAUUUGGUCCUUGACUCUAACACUUAUUUGUUAUGUCGCAAUGAUUAUUAUUAUCGAAAUAUUGAUUUUCAAGAAGUUUUUAAAAAAGAAGUAGAAAUACAUUAAAACAAUGCUUAUUUAUAUGUUUCUAUAUUUUUAGCCUGUAUAUUUGAUAGAAUUCUUAAACCUUAUUAUUAGAAGAGACAUCUCUGAUGAUUCUUAUAUUUAAGCUAAUGUAUCCUUUAAGUAUUACUCAAAUAAUCACUCAAUUAUGUUGAAAUGGUUUAUUUAUCCAGGAUUUUUCUUAUUAUUAUUCUUACCUCUCUUAUUGUUAGGAAAAUUAUCAAAGGACUUUUAUCUUGGUAAACUUCCUAAAAAUAAAUACCAACUAUUAUGGGGAUACAUCUAUAUUGAAUACAUUUAGAUUAACAAAGAGAUAAAAUUUUAUUGGGAGUUCAUUAAAAUUUAUAUCAGAGCUGGAAUAUGUUUACUUUAUUGCUUAUUGGCUCAAGAGGUCUUAUAUAUGGGUCUUUCGUCGUUGCUUUUGGUUUUGUUUUAUGUCUCAUUGUCCUAUUACUUUUAACCAUAUUAUAAUAGAAAACUUAAUAAAUUUGAUUAGGGCUCUUUUAUAAUGCUCACAAUCUCUUAUGUAAUUACAACUGCUGUGAAGUCAAAUCCUGAAAGUGAAGCCGUUUAAUUAACGUUUUCUGGAUAGUUUAUUAUUAAUGCUUUUAUGAUUCUAUUUUUCAUAGUCUUUAUUUUCAUGAUUAUCGAAGAAAACUCUCGCAUUAUAAAUCCUUGUAGAAAUUCUAUUAAUUAGAGGUUUCCUUGGCUUAUUGAGAGCAGAAAUAUUUUCAAUUGUUGUUGUUGGAAUUAUUUUUCUAGAUAUAAUUUGAUAAUACUAAUGUUAAAAAAUACUGAUAAAGCUAAUGCUAGAUCUGCAGUGCUCUGGAAAUAAGUCAGUGAAGCUGUAUAAGAGGCAAUAUAGGUAUGGAGGCUUGAUAGAUCUCAAAAAUUAAAAAUUAAAGUAUGGCACAAUGAAAAUCUAGUUCCGUAAGAUGAAUACAACUGA